GCAGGACUUCUACAGUUCUACAACUCGUACUAGUCAUACUGGCUGCCAAAGCCAAGUAGGCCAAAGAGAAAAAUAAGAAAGAAAAAAGAGAGAGAAAAAUGCAAAGAGCGGGUUUCGAUUGAGUCUGACUUGACUCUCUCUCUCUCUCUCUUUCUGUCUUUGGGUUUUAAGGUCUUUCUUCAUCUGCUACCCCAUCAACCCCUUUGCCCAACACCGUCAUUAUCAUCAUUUAUUUUCUAGCAGAUCCAAGUUCAACUCAUCCACCCGCUUUUCUAUCUGUGACCUGUUUGGUGAUCUGGGAGUUGAUGGGCUGGAACACUCAGUAGUGGUCAGAAUUGGUACUGUGGAUGUUUGCGGAAGUAGGAGUUUCAUUUGUAGUUUCAAACUGGUUUGGUUGAAUUCCUAGCUGUGGAGAUUGGAGGAGCUUCUGAUUUUGCUCUGGUUAUGUACAAAUUGGUAUAGUUGAAUUGCUGAUUACGAGGGUUGGUGUUAGUUCUUGUAAAUAGUCCAAAUUCUUGGCUAUUGUAUGGAAUUUGUGAAUGAAAUAAAAGGUGAGGCAUAGUUUGUGGUGAUCAAUACCAUGGGUGGGAUUUGCUCGAGGUCGGGGAGAUCCGCCGUGGAUCGUGGGAUUGUUGAUAAUGCUCCCGUUGGAAGCUUUCAACAUGCUAAUGGCCAUUCUAAUAAUGGGUCUGGAGUGGUUUUCGAGUCUCAUGCAUUGCCCGUGAAAAUAAGUAGCCAUUUGACCCCGUCUCCGGUUGGCGAAAACAUGGAUAAGCAGUUAAGAGAGCACUUUUCGUUUCCGGAGCCAAAUGUAGUUCCAUAUGGUCUUGCUCCGGAUGAUCUCAAUGACGGGAUUCCUCGCUUGAAUAGGGUUUUAUCACACAAAUCUAGAUCAACCAAGUCCAAGCAGGCAGUUGCAAAGGUUUCUGAGGUGAGCUUACUUCUGGGCAGAGCUGGUACUGCGGGGCUUGGGAAGGCAGUGGAAGUUUUGGACACGCUUGGUAGUAGCAUGACCAAUUUGAACCCUAGUGGUGGUUUUACCUCAGGGGUGACAACAAAAGGGAAUAAAAUUUCAAUUUUGGCAUUUGAAGUUGCGAACACAAUUGUUAAGGGUGCCAGUCUAAUGCAAUCCCUUUCCAAAGAGAACAUCAAACAUUUAAAAGAUGUGGUACUUCCAUCGGAAGGGGUGCAAAAUUUAAUUUCAAGAGAUAUGGAUGAACUUCUAAGAAUUGCUGCAACCGACAAGAGAGAAGAAUUGAAAAUUUUCUCAGGAGAAGUGGUGCGUUUUGGAAAUCGUUGCAAAGAUCCUCAAUGGCACAACUUGGAUCGCUAUUUUGAAAAGUUGGGUUCAGAACUUAACCCCCAGAGGCAAUUGAAGGAAGAAGCAGAGACUGUGAUGCAGCAAUUAAUGAUUUUGGUUCAGUAUACAGCUGUGAGUAUUUUCACAUUACUAUUGCAUAGCAGCAGCUGCACUGAGUUGCAGUGGUUAGGAGACAGCCUUGCAAUUUUAAGAGGAGAGUUAAAGAGUCAAAGGAAGCAUGUAAAAAGUUUGAAGAAAAAAUCACUCUGGUCCAAGAUUUUGGAAGAGGUGAUGGAGAAACUUGUAGACAUUGUCCAUUCUUUGCAUUUGGAGAUUCAUGAAGCCUUUGGUAGUGCUGAUGAGGACAAGCCUGUAAAAGGUUCUCAGAGCAACCAUAAAAAAUUAGGGGCAGCUGGUCUUGCAUUGCAUUAUGCAACUAUUAUUACGCAAAUCGAUACCAUUGUGUCUCGAUCAAGUUCUGUACCUCCAAAUACGAGGGAUGCUUUAUAUCAAGGGCUACCGCCUUAUAUAAAGGCAGCUUUGCGUCCAAAAUUACAGUCUUUUCAGGUUAAGGAAGAGCUUACCAUCCCACAAAUUAAAGCUGAAAUGGAGAAAACUCUACAGUGGCUUGUUCCUAUUGCCACCAACACAACGAAAGCUCAUCAUGGCUUUGGGUGGGUUGGAGAAUGGGCAAAUACAGGGUCUGAGAUGAACCGAAAACCUGCUGGCCAGACUGACUUACUGCGGAUUGAAACACUACACCAUGCAGAUAAGGAGAAAACUGAAAAUUAUAUUCUCGACCUGGUAGUGUGGCUUCACCAUCUAGUCAGCCAAGCUAGGGCUGGUAAUGGUGGAAUCAGGUCUCCUGUUAAAUCCCCAAUUCGGUCCCCAAACCAGACGACGAUACAGUUAUCUACACACUCUCCCAACUCUCCAUCCCCCGCGUUGACAGUUGAAGACCAAGAGAUGCUUCGGGAUGUUAGUAAGCGGAAAUUGACUCCUGGAAUAAGCAAGAGUCAGGAAUUUGACACUGCAAAGACCAGGUUAAGCAAGCACCAUAGGCUCAGUAAGAGUAGCAGCCAGUCUCCAACAAGUGAAACUAAAAGGGAUCCAUUCCCUAUUAGGAGGCCAUUUUCUGUUCCUGUCAUCGACUUUGAAAUCGACCGGAUCAAAGCCUUGGAUGUCAUGGACCGAGUGGACACAAUGCGAAGUUUAUAAUUAUUAUGGCAUUUCAAGAUGCACCACAAGAGAGGUCCUUUGUAUGUAUCCGUGGUUCCUGCAUUGCAUUUUUCGAUAUAGGGUGCUUUGUGGCAAGGGAGAUCUCGUUGGAGUUACUUUUGUAGAUGGUGAAUGAUACAAGUCAUCACUUUUUUGAAUGUGAAAAUUUAAGUUGAUAAUGAGUUGUUGAAGGGCAAUUUAUUGUUGUAGAGAUGGAACUGUAGCUCUGUUAGUUCUAUGUGUACAGAAUAGCAUUUUAUAAUAAUUGAAAUUUCAUGGUUCUGUUUC